GUGUGACGGAGGAUUCUGUUUGAUUCUGUGAGCUCUUGAUGAGCAAAGACGAAUUGAGGGAUCAGGAGUCACCUAUAAAAGAGACAGACGGAGGAUCUGGGAUUAUUAUACCACACACACACACACACACACACACACAAAGAGACACACACACACAAUAAGUAACAGGAUCAUCGCAACAGAAUGAACUCAGCACCCCCUGCAGGAAGUGCUUUAUCAGCUCCAGCAGGUGGAGUCGGUCCAACAACACCAAAAAAGGGCCCACCCAAAUUUAAACAGAGACAAACACGUACAUUUAAGAGUAAGGCACCUAAACCUGGCCAGAAAGGUUUUGGUGAUGACAUUCCAGGAAUGGAGGGCCUUGGCACAGAUUUCACAGUCGUGUGUCCCUGGGAGGCCUUCGGUGACAUGGAGCUCAGCGAUCUUGCCAAAUAUGGCAUUAUUUAAAUCCUGUCUCUUAUCUUCUGCCUUUGACUCCGCCCCUACUGAACAGACACCUUCAUCUCUGAUUAAAGAGUCUAUUACUGAUGUAUACAUAUGAAUUUGUAUUUUAUUAUUAUUAUUAUUAUUAUUAUUAUUAUUAUUAUUAUUAUUAUUAUUAUUAUUCCCCACUCCACCCCUCUGCCACACCCAUAAUAAUGAAUGUUAUGUCUUCCUUAUUGUGUCCUUGUUAUGUCAGUUUUGUCAUCCUGCAUAUGGAUGUGAUAUAAAUACUGUAGUGAGAAUAUUCUUUUAUCUCCACUGAAUCUCUACACCGAUCAAAAUAAAUGUGAUUAUCUGGAAUUAUCUGGGGUAGAAUUCAUUAAAGUUUAU